AUGUCUCAAGGUCUCUCGUUAGGCCGCAUACAAGCUGGCUUUGCGCAAGCAACUCAGGAAAUCACUGUAGCCGCGGCUAACCUCAACUUUGAUUUCUCACUGGUGAAGCUCGAGGCUCCCGCAGAGUACAAGCCGAUUGGCAAUAUUCUGACACCCUCGCGCAUACGCGAAGCAGAGGUUGGCCCGAUACACGUUACAGCCAGGAGAUUAGGAGCACUUUUUGAGGGAGCUUGUCCCGAAACGCCGAAUCUCAUCAAGGCUUAUGGCACACGGGCAUCAGAGAUCUCGAAAGAAGUAUCAGAUUCAGACUCGGGACGAAAUCAUGGAAGAGAUCGCGAUUGGAUAGGAAAUGAAUAUGGCGGUGUCGACGCAACUUCAAUCUGGGCAGCGGCUACAUCGAGCAAAGCUGCCCUCCCAAUACACUUACUGGCUUGCAUCAUUGCUAGGAUGUGGAGUCACACUGAGGCAACCUCUGUCUGGGCGGAGAUCGUGGCCGAGAGGAAAAGGGAGAUAACCGCAAAGUUUGAGGAAGGCGAACAUAUUCCAACCAUACUUGCUUCUGCUAUUCAGCAGGAAAUCACUCGAGACCAUCUCCGCAAAUGGGAUACCAGCGCCAGAGCGUGGUUACAGACAGCCGACAAAGCACGCCAGCGGCAAUACACGCAAUUUCUUCUCAUCGUGAACAACCUUAGCAUCGCCGUUCAUCAAGGCCACACGCUUCUCUACUCGAAUGUGAUAAAUGUUUGGAACUCGGCACUCACUGCCACGGAGGGGCUAGUAUCCGGCAGACCGCACGCAGUUCAAAACGGGCCAGUACUGCUGGGCCUCUCGGCUUGGCACAUUUUCCCCGACAUGCUUGUGUUUGACAAUCCGACAGGAAGUGUGUCUGUUUCUAUGAAUGACCCGCUAGUCAACCCGGGUGGGGUUUUGUCAUUGGGAAUAUCAGAUUCUGCUAGUAAAGGCGAGCAAGGUAUAUACUGGUCGCUGUCACUAUCUCAUCAUAGGUACUACGGCGAAGCAGUAAGGCGAACCCGGAGGCUCGAGAGUGACGGAUCUCGGCUGACCUUCAAUGAGCUCGUUCUGGUAUGCAUUGGCAGCUUGCUCAAGGCCUGGUCUGUCCCCAAACAAGGCAUUAACAACUCCAUUCGGGUCUUGGAGGCGCUGAGACUAGUACUUCCACACAGUCAGGGGGAAAACCCUCAAGAGGAUUGGCAGACCAUCAUAGAACAACCUCUAAAGCAGUUCACGGAUGGAGAGAAAGGCGCAAUCCUUGCAAUGUCACUCGGACGCCGGAGACCCGAAUUCGUGCCAUCGCCAACCAGAAGAAAGCCAUUCUUUGGGGUUUUACACCUACCGAAUAUUCUUCAGCUCCUCAAGGACACCGAAAUGAGAAUCAAGUUUCUCAGACGCCUUGCUAACAGAGUGCCCGGGCUGGACAACUCUAACAGCAUAAUACUCGCCUCGAACAACCACCAGCAGAAUGGUUUCCAAUUUGUGACCGUUUUCCCUCACGAUGUUACCCAAGCAGACUCCACAGGCAACGAUCGGAAUGUCCGCCAAAAAUUAUUUCGCCGUUGGAUAGAUGUUCCAAGUUACAUUCGACUUACGUACCGCGACGCCAUCAGAUUAGCAAGGCAAGAAUUCAACGGCCUCAGUGGACCUUCCACAGUCGGUGAAACCAAAGCGUCGAUGACGCGAGGAUUAUCUCGGCCACAAACAGACCUCAAACUCAAAGUUGCCCCUUUUCAUCAAGGCGAGAUCCCGAUGAGCUCUUGGAGCGGCUAUGGUGACCGGCAAACAAGCAUGAUUAAUGAUGCUGAUGCUGAAGAAGUGGAAAUAGACGCAGAACUGGAUUCGGACUCGGAUCUUGACAGUAAUGUCGCGCAGAACGAAGAAAGUAUCAGAUCCAGAGGCAGUAAACACAAAGACGGUGGAAAUUGCAGUGACAGCCAGAAUACUGACGAUGGAGACAGCAAUAGAGAUCUUGAUGGACCUGUUAGAAGGAGAUGCGAGAGUGAUGAAACCCAGCCGGCUCUUCCCAUAAUGUCUCAAGAGAAUAGAUAUCGAGAAGCCAACCACCACAGACAUCAAGCUGCUGAGUCAACUUCUGAUGCCGCAGAAAGAAAGGCUCUGGCCGAAUUCCAAGAGCUCUGUAGCCAAUACCUGGCAGAGCGUGAGCAUGAAAUCCCGGAUGAAACGAUUGAGUUUCAAAAUCUCAUGCGAGAGGACCCGCCUCAUUGGAGGUAUGACCAACUUUCUAAUGUUAUAGGAUCGAGAAGAUAUGUAGGCGAAAGCUUCGGUGAGUUCUUUGGCGAAGAGCAAGGGUCUGUAAAAGCCAAUCCUGCCUCUGGCGAAUAUGCCUUGGUGUAUGCCAAGGGCAAAGGGGAAUCAAGUGCGUCCUUGUCAGGGAUUGGUGCUGCGCCAACUGCUACCCUCGAUGACCUACUCUGGUGUCUUGAGCAUGAUCUUGUUGACCCAGACCGUCUCAAAAAGCAUCUUCAGGAAGAACCUGCAUUUGGUCUCUUACGGGUUUUGGCCGCUGUUGGCGAAAUCUACCGCGAGCCCACAUCUGGUGGAGCGACUAUAUCAUGCUCUAUUGUCGACAACCCCUUCAAUCCUCCUAUUUUGUCCAUGGGCUUUGGUGUGGAUGAUUGGACCCAUGCGACCAUACUUCUCAAUGAUACGACGGCGAUGGCUCUUAUCGGCUAUUUUGAGACUGGAAAUAACUUCAUUGAGAUCAUGAGGGAUGCAGACCAAAUCAUUGGGUUAAGCGGUGGGGAUUCAAUAUUUGUGCGUACAGCGAUCCUCAACGAUCCCGAGAACAACUACCCAGACUACAGCUUUACACGUUUACUCGGAAAUACAGGCAAGGCUGGCUUCUCGAUCCUGACCUUGCCUCCGAAGCUCAUGGCGCGCAAGUUGGAUUCGACUUCCUGGCGGGUGGAGACGAAGUCUUUCAAUGGUUUGCCCUUUGACAGCUUCAAGCAGACCUCACUGCAUCUCAGCUUCACAGGGUGGCAGAUGCCCGUGGCAAAUUCUCUACCCGCGGGACAGAUAGACGCUGACAUCAACAUUAUCGAGGCAGUGGUUUCGGUGCGGGACGCAGGCAGGUGGGUGGCCGACGUGGACAUUUACCGUGCCUUGUCUAGUCCACGGUUGCAAAUCUCGACGACAAGAAGCGAGGGAUGCGAACAUAUUUCAGAAGGCCAAGAUGAAGUGAACCACUAUGAAGAGGAUCGAGACGAAAUGAUAUCUAUUGAAAACUGGAAUCAAGUGCUUGAUCAGGUGGACGGAUCCGCCGUGGUUCGGUGCUUCGACAACUUGGUUGCGAGAUUGGCUGUUGUGUCAGCAUUGUGCCAGCACAGCAAAGCAAAUGACCGACCCGUAGUCGUAUGCUCAAAGAGGAUGUGUUUCAGAUGCGUUUCCGGUCAUUUGAACGAAGGGCAUGAUUCUACGUAUGUAUUUUGA